CGAGACUAUAGGUGUUGUAUCAAACAAGAUUCACUGUGGCCAGUUUACCGCUGAAUUAUUUAACAAAUUUGCCUUGUCUUCAGUUUCACAUGUUAAAAUGAGUUGGCGUAAAUCACAGCAAUUCAAAAAACAGCUAAAAAAGGCGUUAAAUAAAAAUGAUACAAUUGCCGUAGGAAGAAUUAUACAGGCAUUAUGGGAUGACUGUAAACCACCUCCAAUGUGGAUAGAACUCUGUAAAGAUGCACUUAAGAACAGAUGUCUACCUAUGGUGAAAUUGUUGAUGCCCCCAGAGAAUAUUGCAAACAUCUUUGUAGAGGAUCAGACCAAUAUACAAUUGAUGAAGGCUGCAAUAGAAUCUAAUUUCAUAGAGGGUAUUAAAUUUUUCCACUCUAAAGGAAUACCUCUGCGUUUUGCCCUAACUGAGUCCGUUCUAAACAAUAACGCCGAGAUAUUAAAAUAUCUUCUUGAACUAAAAGAUCUAGAUAAAAACCCAGAUGAAGAGGAAACGUUAUUAAUGUUAUGUUGCCAGGAACUAAACAUCGAAAUUUUGGAGAUUUUGUUGAAGAGUGAACUGAUAAAUACUAUUAACCAACAGUCAGAGAUAUGUAAAUAUUCUGCCCUACACUGUUGUAUUGAUGGAAGGAACUAUUGUAUGAAUUGGUUUAUUGGUGAAAGCAAUCUGGGGAGAGCUCAUGGUUGUGUAAAAUUAUUGGUGGAGGCAGGAGCGGAUGUUAAUCUACAAGAUAUGGAUGGGAAAACGCCCAUCCAACUGGCUGCUGAAUGUGGUAUGGUGACAACGGUAAUAUAUUUGGCCCAAAGAGGAGCAAACGUUAAUAUUAGAAGCCAUCUAGGUAACCUUCUUCAUUGUCUUGCAGUGAGUAGGAUAUGGGUAUAUUCAUACGAUGAAUGUGUCCAGCUAUUAAUAACCCAUGGUAUGGACAUAAACCAGCUGAACUCAUGGAAUGAAACUCCACUGUAUUUAGCGGUUAGUUAUGGAAAUGAAGAGAUGGUGAAGACAUUAAUUAAAUCACACUGUGAUGUCAAUAUUACACCCGUCUUACUGAAGUCUAUAAGAAGACAACAUACGACUAUUACUGAAAUACUGAUUAAAGCUGGGUGUGAUGUUAACAGCACUGAUAAAGACGGCGUUACACCUUUAAUGGAAUGCAUGGAGAUGGGUAAUCUUGUUUUACUUAAACAACUUAUUGACCACGGUGCAUCUGUCAACGCUAAAGAUAACAAAGGAUGUUUUGUAUUGGACUAUUUAUUUCCUGAUUACCACCAUACGAACGAUCAAUCUACUUCAGCAGAUAUUAUUAAGAUGUUGAUAGAGGCUGGGGCUCAUAUUAAUAAAUGUAAUAAUUUGUUGUACAGAUCAAUGAAUCGAGGAUAUUAUGAUACGGCUCAAAUUCUUAUUGAACACGGCAUUGAUGUCAAUACACUGGACGAAAAUGGAGAUAAUCCCCUCGUUCUUGCCUGCAAAAAAGAUAGAUUCGAACUAGUGACAUUGCUGACUUCAACAGAUUGUGAUAAAAAUCACCAAAAUCUAAAAGGAGAAACAGUGUUGCACAAAGUGUCGAGAUAUACUGCUUCUAAUCAAAACAAGAAGAAAAUAAUAAAGACGUUACUAGAGAAUGGGAUGAACGUGAAUCUUAGUGACGUCGAUGGACUAACGGCCUUGUCCAUAGCAGUAGGUAAUAGAGAAAGAUCUAUUACUGAAGAAUUAUUGAAGGCUGGUGCUGAUGUAAACCAUUGUGAUAACAGAGGAACAACCCCAAUGAUGAUCGCAGUUAACAAUACGCAUAAUGUUAUGGUAGAUGUUCUAUUGAAGGCUGGUGCCGAUCUGAAACCCAGAGAUGAAUUAGGUAGAAAUGCGAUAUUCCUUGCAACACUCUUGAAUGCUUCACUGGAGUUAGAUAUUUUACUUAAAUAUUCAAACUUGAGAGGUGAAGCAGCGAGUAUCGUUAAUGCCACAGAUAAAGAUGGUAAAACAUCUUUGAUGGUGGCAGCAAAAAGAGGAAAUAAAGAUAUGGUGGAAAAACUACUCAGAGCUGGCUGUAAUAUCAACCUACAAGAUCAUGGUGGUAAGACGGCUUUGAUGUAUGCUGUAGACAGCCAGCAUGAAACUAUUUUAUCACUUCUAUUACAGAAAGGCGCAGACUGUAAUAUUUGUGAUGCCAAUGGCAAAACAGCGUUGAUGGUGGCAGCAGAAACAGGACGUAACGGUGUGGUAGAAAAACUACUUAUUGCUGGCUGUAAUAGCAACCUACAGGACCAUUGUGGUACGACGGCUUUGAUGUAUGCUGUAUACAACCAGGAUGAAACUAUUUUAUCACUUCUACUACAGAAUGGUUCAGACUGUAAUAUUUGUGAUAACAAUGGCCAAACAGCGUUGAUGGUGGCAGCAGAAACAGGACGUAACGGUGUGGUAGAAAAACUACUUAUUGCUGGCUGUAAUAGCAACCUACAGGACCAUUGUGGUACGACGGCUUUGAUGUAUGCUGUAUACAACCAGGAUGAAACUAUUUUAUCACUUCUACUACAGAAUGGUUCAGACUGUAAUAUUUGUGAUAACAAUGGCCAAACAGCGUUGUUGAUGGCGGCAGAACAGAAACAAAGAGAUGGCCAUUGUGAAGAAUUGCUGAAAUCUGGUGCAUCUGUAAACCAUGUUGAUAAUGAUGGAGAUACAGCAUUAAUGAUUGCAGUUGAGUCGAAUAACGGGAAGAUUGUAAAUGAUUUACUGGAGGCUGGAGCCGAUGUCAAUUUGAGUGAUAAUAAUGGAGAGACGGCUUUGAUGAUAGCAGCACGGAACCAUAACAGGUCUAUUUUAGAAUCUUCACUAAACGCUGGAGCUGAUGUUAAUAAAACUAAUACAGAUGGAAGAUCAGCUAUACAUGCUAUAAUGUUCUAUAAUGAUUACGGCCCGCUGUGGAUCAACUGUCUAAAAUUACUUUUAAUCAAUAAAUGUCACGCGUCUCUUGAUACACCAGGAGAAGUUGGGGGAACGUUAUGGUUACUGGAUACACCGAGACAGGACAGAACAAAUCUAUUUGAAUGGUUACUGGAAAGAAACGAAGAAAAUCUUAUAUGGUAUCUCGUAACGGAAAAUUGUUCUCUCAAAGGUUUGGAUCUUUCAAAGGUCAAAGAUAUAGUUCAAUUUCCCGAUAUGUUGAUGCUUUCUAAAAUUCUGUUUGAAAGUGGUGCACUGAAGAGUGAAGUAGAGACCAUGAUUUUGUUGUCCGUUUUAAAUAGUGGUUUGUCGCUUUCCACACAUAAUCCUGCGUUGGGUGAAUCUGAACAUAAACAACAGCUUGAUGAUUUCCGCGAUUCCUGUAAAUCGAGAAGUUUGAAGUCAAGAUGUAGAAGAGAAAUCCGAAACUGUAUCGGACCAGGAAUCAGCAGUAAAAUAACUCAAGUUGGUUUACCAAAACUUCUACAAGAUUAUAUCGUCAUGAAAGACUUGAUACCCGAGAAAUACUUUACUCUUGUACUAAACGAUGAGGAUGACGUCGAUGAAAAUUAUAUUUUUAAUGAAACAGAUUACUAUGACAAUUAUCAUGAUGAUUAUUCUGACUAAAGACUUUAUAACCGUAACUAUUGACUACAAAGUUACUUUAAAUUGGAAUGUACAUUUACUAUAUCCUUCUUUAUCAACUGGAUAAUCAUAGCUAUUGGUUAGAGUCUACUGUUGUGAACUGGAUAAUCAGUAAUAUUGGUUAGCGUCUACUGUUGUCAAUUGGAUAAUCAUAGCCAUUGGUUAGAGUCUACUGUUGCGAACUGGAUAAUCAUUAAUAUUGGUUAGCGUCUACUGUUGUGAACUGGAUAAUCAUAGCUAUUGGUUGGUAUCCGCUGUUGGGUGGAAGUCACAGGAAGGUAAAUUGGACCCAAGUCGAGCCCAACAUGACCGUCCCGCAUAUUUAUGAGUCUAUUUAUAACUUGGGGUUAGGGUUAGGAUUAUAAGGGUUACGAGAGAGAUCAUAAUAUAGGUUAUGCCUGUUCCGCAAUCCCUUUCAAGUUUUGAAUAAAAUAUUGCUUAAAAAAAAUAAUUAUAUAGGCCCUACGGUAGCCAUAUUGGACUUAACUUUGGAUCAAUUUACCGCUGACCGUUGGAUAACCUGCCGUAAAGGAAGUAUUGGUGUCAGUCAUUAUCACUCAGCCUUUUGUUUUCGACACUUCCUCUUGUAGAAACCAUCAUUACGCAUCUACUGUAGCAAUGAUCUAUAUGUUAAAAUUAUAUUUGGUACAUGUUACACAAGUUAUAUCACAUAUGUGAUAAUGUCUGACACCAAUAUUGUCCUUUAAAUGACAUCAGACCUGUUCUUGCUUGACGGUGUUAUUCACAUCAGGAGGAGAUGAUGUAGGACAGAGUCUGACGUAAAAGACCAGGUUAUCCAGUCUCAUCUAUUGGCUAAGAUCUACAGUGUGCUUAGUAGAUCAUCAUUUACUUCUCAAUUAAUGAGUUUUAUGUUGUUAGAAAAUGUGUGCUUUAAAUAUAAUAUAGUCUAAAGCGAUUAAUCAUUUAUAACAACCUGAAUACAGAUAUACCCUACUAUACCUAUAGUGA